UUCUCGACUCUUAAUCUAAAACUGGAGUUGCAAACGCCUGUAAAACUUGUUAACUUGCCAUCGGUUCCUGUCUGCGCUGACUACUGGCAUAACUCAGAAAAUCACAACGAGGCUUUUUUGCUUUGGGGAGAUACCGAUGGAUAUGUAAAUAUCAUAUUUUGGAGGUCAGCUCAAACUGUUCUCUUUGAACGUCCUCCCAAUCUUCCUCAAGAUAAGGAAGAAUCAACGAUUGUGGUUCACUAUUCAACCGUUUUGAAGAGCUCAGAAGCUGCAAUCAUUAAACGGUUCAAGGUUCACAACGAUUGGGUACGUCAAGAUGCAGUCAGUACACUGCGAACACAGAUUUAUUACAAAACUUACUUCCACGAGGAAAGAGGUAGACUAUUUAUAGCUUACAAUGCAACACUCGGAGUUCUGCAAAUGAAGCCGGAAAUUACCGAUCGUAUCUUUACGCAUAAUGAUCCAGUCGUUGGUGUCGUCUACAAUCCCAUCGUCACAGUAGGCCAAGGUGGUAGGAUGUCAUACUGGCUAGUGGAAAGUGGACAACGCGUUAAAAAUGUUAGCAACUGUCACGGCAACGCGGAAAUAACGUGUCUUUCCCAGGAUUCUACCUUUACGCGACUCUAUACCGGCAGCACUAAUGGCACUGUCAAGGUUUGGGACAUGAAUGGCAGCUGUCUACACACACUUGUUUGUCCACAGAAUUCCUUCUUGGAUAUUGCCCAAGUAGUAAUUCUCAAGAGAGCGGUAAUUGUGAUGGGCGGUUCGAAACACUUCAUGAUCUUCAAAUUAACCAAUUUUGGAGAUCAUUAUGUCUUCCCUUCGGAGUGGAAGAGCCCUCCACAACACAAGGAUGACGUGAUGGCAGGAUGCCCUUUACCUCCGCAUAGUCUUAUAACAGGUUCCUAUGAUGGAGAGCUGAUCGUGUGGAACACCAAUUCUGAACUCUUCUCUCGAUGCAUGAAUCAGCGGUGCAGUUCACACACGGAGACGUACUCAGAGAUGUUGUUCAACAUAUCCCGUGUGUUCUUGUUGGGCGCCAGAACAGCGAUCAAGUCGGGAAGCAGUAAAGGAGCGAAUGUUGUUUCUUGUGGCGGAAGUGGUUAUGUUCGUUUCUGGAAUGCCUACGAGUGCAUUCUUGUUGGCGAAUUCGCGGCUCAUCCCAAAGUAAGCAGUAUUGUUAUGGCUAUCGACCCAUCAAACGGAAUGCUGGCGACAGCUGAUGCGGAGGGAAACGUGAAGGUGUGGAACAUCGCCACCUACUGUCUGGUAGAGGGUGAGGAGGAAUGCAUGUAUGAACCCCCACUAAUUUCAAAGUGGACAGCUCAUCUUGACUUGAUCACUGAUCUGGUGUUCUGUGUACGACCGGAGAAGCGCGCUGUUCUUGCUACCGCCAGUUCCGACUGUUCCGUUUGUCUCUGGAGCAUCGAGGGUCAACGUCUUGGAAUCUUUGGCCAAACCGAGCGGUGGAAACUCGACAUCUACCAGAGGGAUCAGACGACUGGAUCCGUCUUCAGUCAGGAGAGUAAAUCCCAAUUCUCAGUUGAGAAAGAGAGCGAAGAAGACUCCAAAAAGACCCCCUCUGAAUCCGAUGAUUUCGAUCCAUUUGCUGGUCUACCAGGAAAGAAAUUCAACUUUGGAAUUAAAGAUAUUUUGGGUGACGGAAAGAUUGAAUCUGAGAGCGAUCUGGUUCGCAUAAGAAACAACCUUGUUGUUUGGGAUAAAACCUGCCUUGGUGAAGACUACCGAAAGAUACGGAUGGCCAAACCCAUGCGUCAACAGCCUAGGAGCCUGGUUGAGAUGCCCUUCCUCUAUGCUGACAAAGUGGGACGACCGAAUUACGGGCCAUACUACUCAGUAGGGCUUAGGCCGCUGGUGAAACAAAAGGACUCACAAAUGCCAGAUUUUAUCAUCAAUCCAGUAAAAUACUUUGCAAACAGAGAAGACUAUACCGGUACCAGUGCUCUUUACUCUCACAGCAAGCUACCCAUGGUUGAAAGCUAUGUGUACAACCAGAUGAACGCCAGCUCCUCUAUUAUUCCGAAAAAGCAGUUUACUGAAAAAGACCUCUUCCCCAAACACCUCCUGGAAUUUGAUGAACAACUUCAUCGGAUCGAUCAAUAUGCCCCUAGAGCUAGAGUCUUGUCGGUGGAGCACAAACCGGAGAAGGAGUCACCGGAAAGAGGUAACGCUUGGAGAUGGACUACUGCAAAACGAAAUUCCCUACAGAAGAUUCCGAAGAACGCCUAA